AUGUGGCUUCUCGCCAUGCAACUGGUAUAUGUGAUUCCAUCGGUUUUCCUGUAUUCUCUAACAAUUUGUACUGUAGUUGUAAAAUGGAAAAGUUUCAAGUCAUCUUUUUUCCAAUUAUAUGUCUUUGACUUUUCAAUGAAUGUUUUCACCCUUUUGAACACUUUCUAUGUUUUCCGGUUUGCUAACUAUACCUGUGACACAUGUUUUUUGGCUCAAGUUUUUCAAAAUCUAGACAAUUAUAUAAAUUCUUCGUUUCUCUAUGCUGUUCAAUACCACAUGGCAUAUGUGCAAUAUGGAUCUACAUUAAUAAAUUCAUUGAAUCGACUUUCGAAUGCUGAAAUUCAGAAGUGGAGAAAUUACAGUAUUCUUGCAAUGGCUUUAAUUGUGAUCUUACCCAUUCCUUGCACUAUUUGGAUAAUGAGUUACGGAGCAUGGUGGGAAUACGAACCACCUCAAUCUCGAUACCUUUUACAUUCUCCACUUGAUCAAAAGUCCAUCUCUAUUGUACUUUUGCCCUUCAUGGUGAUCUCAACUGUCUUUUCUCUGGGUCUAAAUCUCGUCAGUAUGAUUUUGGUCCGUCGAGUGAGUCAGCAAAGAAAAAAACUAGUGGAGACUCAUUUCCUCAAAUUGAUUGUCAUCACCUGUGCAGUUCAAGUUUUGGGGACUUUGCUAACGAUAAUGUUGGGUGUGGUCUUUCAAACGUCUCUUCUGUUUUCACUGAUAGUCUAUUCGAUUCCUUUCAUCAGUGACUGUCUGACUUUAUGUCAUCCAUGGCUUCUCGUAUGGCUGAGUAAACCAAUUAGAGACAGUUUACUGAGCAUAAUUAGACCAACACCAGUUGCAUCGAGUAUCUUGGUACUUGAAGCAAGACAAAAUGAAAGGAG